ACCAUUUAAACCGCACAGAAUCCAGCCAACACCCAGACGAAUGGUAUUUCCUUGGUGACGUAGCGAACCAGGAAGUGUAUGGAAAGUUUAGAGAAGUACCCAAACAAUCUGAGCAAUGAGUCGGAUAUAUCACAACACUGCACUGCAAAACAAGCCUGUGCAUAAUGAAAAAUACGGAGAUGUAUGGAACCCUUCCCUUUUACAAAGUGGUCCAGGCAUCAUACUGGAAGGGCAACUCGUUGAUGUGUCGCGCCACGUAAUUACAGACGCACAGAGUAAAAAGGAACGGUUUAAUGUCUUGUACAUUAAAGCAAGUCGAGUUCACAGGAGGAAGUUUGAUGCAAAAGGAGAUGAGAUUGAGCCCAAUUUCAGUGAUACCAAGAAGGUCAACACUGGCUACCUCAUGUCUUCUUAUAAGGUGGAGGCGAAAGGAGAGUCGGACCGGUUGUCGGUGGAGGAGCUCGGGGGGAUAGUGAGGAGAGCAGAGCUGGCGAGUAUCACAGACAAGCACUGUCCCGCCCAGAGCCAGGCCUUCUGGAUAGCCGAGGGGGAGGCCGAGAAGACAGAGCUGGAGAUGGGACAGGACGUCCGCCUCAAGACCAAAGGAGACGGACCCUUCAUCUUUUCCUUGGCCAAGAUAGACGGCGGCACCGUCACCAAGUGUAACUUUGCGGGAGACGAGAAGGCCGGUGCCUCCUGGACGGAUAAGAUCAUGGCCAACAAGGCCGGCGCAGCGGGAGCAGCGUCCAGCGCAGCCGCACAGGGAGAGGGGGCGGACGAGGACGAGUGGGAUGACUGAGCACGUGACAUGACUGCAGCCGUGAGGAAACACAGAUACAACACUCGUGACAUUUUUAUGAUGUGCAAAUACAUUUUUUAUGAGUUAAACUAUGCCACAGUUUUUUCCUCCUUGCAUAUGUGUUUGUUUUUCUAACUAUUCAAACAGGCCCAGCACUUCAGGGAGUCAUUUAAACAUAUUGUACAGUAAUUAGAAAAUACAUUUUACAUGGCAUGCCAAUCAGGGCUUCAAAAAUGUCAAAUCAGUGCUGCAAAGUUAAUGCAAUGAGAUCUACAUAUGUUGACCGUAAUGAUAACUCUAGAAAGACAGAUCUGUUCAUCAGGUGGGGUAUACUAAGAAUCUUGUUCAUUUGUACACCAGGUUAAGUUAACCUUGUAGUAGAGGUAAACCAUCUAAUAGAGGAGCCUGGAGCCCUCAUUUUCUUCACUAAAUGAUGCCUGUAGGUACAUCUAUUAGCAGGUUUACCACUCCUUGUUGGUUAACUAAGCCUGGUUUAUCACUUAACAAUGUUUUUAGUAACCACCCAGUUCAUCAGGGGAGUCACCUGCAUUUGUCAGAGAGUGCAAACCUCCACCAUGGCCAUGGUGUCACUGACGGCAUAACAUCUACACGCUGUGGAAUCCUAUACCUAUAAUGUAAUAAGACUUUUCAAGUAUGUAUGCUUGUUGUUUCUGUUGUUUCUUGUUUCUUGCCCUAUCCCGCAAUGGUGAAGAAUCUUUUUUUUUUUUAAAUCCUGGAUCCAGGUCGUGAUCCGGAUCACCACCAAAAUUGAAUCACUUGUUCCUUUUGUCAUUUCCAACAACUCCACAAAAUGUCAUCAAAAUCCGUUCUUAACUUUUUUGAGUUAUCCUGCUGACAGACACACAAACAAACAAACAAGCAAGCCAACACGACUGAAAAAAUAACCUUUGGCAGGGGAAAUAAAAAAAAUAUUUUUGUAACACGGUGCACACAAUCCUGCACCUUAGUGCUGUACAGCUUGAUAGGAAUACAGGCUUGGCAGAUUUUGAGACAUGCCAGUGAUCCUGUCCAUGUCCAUGGGGUCAGGAAAAAAACCCUUGUAGUUUUGCAUAAAGAUGCUGUUUACACAUAUGUUGAUGUUUAUAAAUGCAGACAUUUUCAUGAGUUUACAUAUAAAUACGACUUGGGGAUAAAAAUGAAAACUCCUUUGCGCCAUGUGCGUUUUAGCCCCCAUAACUGGGAUAUUUCUAAAACAGAGGAAGAGGAAAAACAGAGCACCCAGUUGCUUUCUAUUUUGAGUUCAGCGUGUUAGUGUUAAUUCUGUCAACCAUGACUAUGACUAAAAUAUUUCGUCAAAGCCCUUUUUUGAUUUUCGUCAUGUAUACUAAGAAUAAGAUGAAAUUGGGAAGGCAAUGACUAAAAUGUGACUAAGACUAAAAUUGAUUUUCACCAUUGUGACUAAGACUAAGACUACGUGCAUUUUAAAAAGCUGACUAAAUUAACACUGGUGUGAACUAAAAUAGAGAAAAAGAGAACCAGUGUGUGAAGAAGUUUCAUUCUGCACAGUGAGAAACAGUGUGCGGAGAAGGUUUAUUCUGUACAGUCAAUGAUAUAUGUUAAAAAGAGAAGCAGUGUGUGAAGUUCUAUUGUGUACAGUGUUGACUAAAAUUACUAAAAUGACUAAAAGCUGGCUAAGACUAAAAUUAAUUUUCGUCAUUGUGACUAAGACUACGACUAAAUAAAAAAAAGCUGACAAAAUGGCGUGUUAUAAAACUUAGUUUACAUCAUGCUAAUGAGCCACACAAUGAAUGGGCAAUAUGCCCAUGGGGACUCGGGGUUCGAAUCUGGCCGGGGUCAUUUCCCGACUCUAACCACUCUAUCUUUUCAACUUACUUUCCUCUCCAAAAUCACCUUUCUCAAUAAAUGCAA